AAAAAGAAUUCAAAGAUUGCAUGAUAUGCCAAGAAAGGCAGGCAACCUUUUCUGGUGGCCAUUCACACAACACAAACUGGUUCCUGAAGAGACUAUUACUGUCAUUGACUCACGCUGUGGUGAGAAUUUUGCUAUACACAAGGUUUGGAAUGAUCAAGAGAUGAUCAUUCCACAGUUUGAUGCAUGUGCAAGUUGGUGGACUCAAGGGCCUGAUUCUAAUUUGCAAGUGGUUUCAGAUUGAACUUGCCAAAGACAUUGGAUAUUCUGCUGCAAGGUAUGGGCAUGUAAUGUUUCCGGAGAAUGUGUAUGAACCUGCGUUGCAAUGUGCUGAGCUUUUACUUGAUGGGGUUGGAAAAGGAUGGGCAUCUCGAACUUACUUUUCUGACAAUGGAUCUACAGCAGUUGAAAUUGCUCUGAAGAUGGCUUUUCGCAAAUACAUGUUGGACCAUUGCAUCAAUGCAGAUUUUCACAAGAUUAGUUCACUAGAAGGAUGUGUAGACCUCAAGGUCUUAGCUCUGACUGGAUCUUAUCAUGGGGAUACCUUGGGUGCCAUGGAAGCUCAAGCUCCAUCAUCAUAUACAAGUUUUAUUCAGCAGCCAUGGUAUUCAGGAAGAGGUCUUUUUUUGGAUCCUCCUGAGUGCUUUAUUACCAAAGGAAACUGGCAUCUUUCUCUACCUGAUUGUCUAAAAUCAGUCCAUGUGAAGCUGGAAGCCACGAGAUUUUACUCGUGUAGUGAAUUGCUUUGCCCAAGCAGGGAUUCUUCAUCUAUUGCUCAUAUUUACUCCAAUUAUAUAUCAGAACAAUUGUCUUCUUUUUCUGCAUCUAACCACUCCUCACAGAUUGGAUCACUAAUCAUUGAGCCAGUUAUACAAGGUGCUGGUGGGAUGCACAUGGUGGAUCCACUUUUCCAGCGGAUCCUUGUUAAAGAAUGCCAGUCACGUAAAAUUCCUGUUAUAUUUGAUGAAGUAUUCACAGGGUUUUGGCGACUUGGAAGAGAGUCUGCUGCUGAAUUACUAGGCUGUUGGCCUGAUGUGGCAUGUUUCGCUAAAUUGAUGACUGGAGGAGUUGUUCCAUUAGCUGCAACUUUAACUACUGAAUCUAUUUUUGAAGCAUUUGAAGGUGACUCAAAGCUUAUGGCACUUUUGCAUGGUCACUCUUAUUCUGCUCAUGCUGUGGGUUGCGCAUCAGCUGCAAAAGCUAUCCCGUGGUUUAAAGAUCCGUCCACAAAUCCAAAUAUUGAUAGUGAACGAAAAAUACUAAAAGAGUUGUGGGACAUGAAACUUGUUCAGACUAUAUCUGCUCUUCCUGGAGUAGAAAGAGUAGUAGUUAUUGGGACUCUAUUUGCUUUUCAACUCAAAUCUGAUGGCUCUGAUGCAGGAUAUGCUUCAUUGUUUGCGAGUUCCCUGGUCCAACAGCUUCGUGCAGAUGGUCUUUACAUAAGGCCUCUUGGGAAUGUCAUUUACCUCAUGUGUGGCCCAUGCACAUCGCCACAUUUCUGUACCGAACAACUUCACAAAGUACAUCGUAGAAUUUGUGAAUUCAGCAAACCUCAUAUUGAAGAAUGAAGUUGUGAAAAAAGGGGUACCGGAGCAAGCAUUCUCAUUGUUCGAAUAACCCUACCUUCAUGAGGAACCUCUUUGUGCUGGUAGUCAUGUCACUAAAAAGUGAUAUAUCUAAAAUACUGAAUGAGAAAAUACGGAUGCUAGCGUAGAUGUUGGAGGACACAACUAUAUAAUAACUGAUUUGUUUUCAACCAGAAUUUUGAUGCA